UGUCGGGCUGUUGGACUACAAGUUUGUGUUUUCAGUGAUAAUUGCAGGAAUUUUGAAAAGAAAAAAGUUUUGAUUUAAAAAAAUGUGUUUAUAAUUGAAAACAAAAAAAAAAAUAUAUUAAACAAAUUUACUAAUCAAUUACAAAUUACUUUUAAGUCUUUAAAAAACUAAAAAUAUUAUUAAAAUCUAAAAAGUGUUGAAUAGAAAAUGUUCGAAAUACGUAAAUGAAACAAGAAGAAAAUUCGAAAUAAAUUUGAAAUUAUAACAGAGUAAAAGAAAAACCUUCGAUUGCCUGCCUGCUGCUGCCUACAGCCGACAAAAACAUACAAAAUAAAUACAUAUUUUUUUUAAUUUUUUUUUCAAUCAAUAUCAAAACCGUUUGUUUCGUGGUUCUUCUCUAUGUUUGCUUUAGUUGUCGAAUGUAGCGCGCCGUAAACGCACGGACCGAAAAAUAAAUUUUCCGAUUUUUAUUAAAAUAUAUACAUACAGAUAUUUUUGUUGGUUUUGUGUGCCAGCAACAAGAAAUCUCUCCAAAUAAGUUUAAAAAACAAACCCCCCUCCCCAACCACAAAUCAAAACAUUUCUAACGUCAGACCAACCAUGUGCGAUCAAUAAUGAUCUCUGGUGUUGGUGUCGGCGGUGUGUUCGCAUUUUCGGUUUCUGUUGUUUUGUUUUACACGGUGCUUCUACUCAGCUGCUUUAGCUAAACUAUUUUUAACAAAAAUAUAAAAAAAUAAAAAAGGAAAAUGUAUAUUAAAAAUUUGAAAAUUUGUGAAAAAAAUUUCAAAACUAGUGCAUUAUAGUGAAAAAAUUAUUUAAAUAAAAAUAAAUCAGCUAGAAAAAUAUAUAAAAAUUUUAACAAAAAUUAAGUAAAAAUUUUAACAAAUAUUAUACUUAAAAGCAAAAUAUUAAAAUUAAAAUAAAACUAAAAUAUUUGAAGUGUUCUUUUACCUCUUCCCCUAAAAUAUAUUUUUAAAUAAAUAAAAAUAAUUUACAAAGCAAAUAUCUCAAAAAAAAAAAAAAAAAACCUAUUGAAGAGUUUAUAAAUAGAAAAAAGCGUGUAAAAAAAUAAUGCUAUUUGUGUGUAAAACAACAAAGACAAACAGCAGAAUUAUCAUUAUUACAAUUUUUCCCUUUUUCUCUGUGCACUGCUAAAAUUACAUUCAUAUAGCUAAAUAACAACAACAAGAAAGUGAAAAAAUAAUAGUAAACUUAUAUUUACAUACAUAUUUAUGUACAUAUGUAUGUAAUACGUGUGUGAUUAUACAAAAAAAGUAUUUAUUUACUGUUAUUCCCGCGAAUAUCAAUAAAAAAAUAAAUAUUGUCUCAAUUACAUUGUUUGUGUCUCUUCAUUGAGAGUCAAUUGUUUUGUUACAACAGUACUUGUAAUAACAAUAAUAAUAAUAGCAACAACAACAAUAUAAUAAAGAGCUCUACUAAAGUUUUUAGUUUGUGUUGUUGUUUUUGUCGGCAUAUUUAAAUCAAGACAAACACCAAAUAAAUAAAGCCUCAACCAAACAUGGCCUGAAAAAAAGUUUGAACUGAACGAAAAUAAAACGUGAAGCAAACCAACUGUUUAACAACGCACCCGAAAUAACGCUACACAACUAUCGAAAGAAUUAAAAGAUAAACAAAAACUUAAACAUUUCAAAUUGGCAAUUAACUUUUGGACAAGUGCAACUAAACAAAUUAACAAAAGAAAAAAUAUAAGAAAUAAAUUGAAGCCAAAUACUAAUCAACGAAGACAAAAUUCAGCCAAAUAAAAUUCAAAGCAAAGCUUUUAAUUUAAUAAACAAAAACAGAUCAAAUGUAGUAGUGAUGAGUAUAAUGCUUAAUAGUUUAUAGCGCACGCAUCAAUAUCCCCAAAAAUCAAAUUAAAAAAAAUAUCACUAAAAAAGAGUAAUUAACAAAAAAUUAAAAAAGCACUUUUACUCUCAAAUAAAAAACACACAAAAAGCACACACACUGUUUAGCUCGCCCGCUCUCUUCCACUCAUUAAGCAAUUUAGCUGCAAGCACCCAUAUUUUGCUGUGAGAUAUUUAGAAAAAAAAAUAAAAGCAUCAAAGCUUUCUUCCAUUUUAAUCCUUUACAAAAGAAACAAACAAAAAACUAUAUACAACAACAACAUAUGAGAGAAUUAAUUAUAAAAAGAAUACAACUACAAAAACACCACCACAACAAUACACAAUAGAGAUUAUUAUAAUUGAUCACUUGCCACACACGCUCGCUCUCUCUCUCGCUGACGUGACGAAAUCACUUCAUUAUUGAACCAGAGAUACUGCAUAGAAAUUACAGAAACAAACGUGUUCAAACUAAACGAACGAAUCCUUAAUCAAGCGAUCUUGCCCAUCCAGCCAGCCUGAUCCAACCUACUGUUUCCCCCACAAAAAGGCCAACAAGUCAUAAAGCUUAUCAAAUCAAACGAAAGCUUCUUCUAACCGUCCAUAUUAAUUUUUAUUAAUGAAACGCUUAUCUCCAAAAUCAAAAAUAUUUCAAAUUUCUAGAGAUCUAUACUAAACAUAAAUACAAUUACCGCUACCACUUUAGGUGUGAUUUGAAAACCAACAUUGUGGUCAAUUUUGUGUUUGAAAACCCAUCAAGAAAAUUACAAAAUUUGGCCAACAAUUGAGUUUGUGUAAGGAAAACACCCCAAGAGACUAUACAAGUAAUAGGUGUUUUCCCUUCCAAACUCCUCCACCAGCAACAACAAGAAAAACCAUAAUUAUUUAAACAAUAACAAUCAGUACAAAAACAAAUUUAUCAAAUUAAACAUGGGUUUAAUACGAAAACGGUUUUCACACCUGCAUAUAAUCGUAGCACUAUGUGUGCUCUUGGCGUCUUGCACAAUAACGCUCACACUAGCUGCCGAUGAUACUAAUGACAAUGAUCCAUCUGAUGAUAAUCAGACUCUUCUACAAAAAGUCACAACACUGCGAGCAGUUAUCGAAGGUGAUGCGGACGAUGACGACAACGAUGUAAAUGGUGAUGACGAUGAUGAUGACGAUUCAAUAUCACUGUCCUCGUCCAAGUCGCCAGCCAACAGCUCAUUAGCGCUGCCGCAGACGUCAUCUAGUGAUGUGCAGUGCAGUGAAGGUCUUGUUGUUCCGAUGUGGAUGCCUCAGACCAAUCUUAGUACUGGAGAUCGGGUUGCACGAGGCUUGGUUUACUUUUUCAUCAUGAUCUACCUGUUUAUCGGCGUUUCAAUUGUAUCCGAUCGCUUUAUGGCAGCAAUUGAAGUGAUCACGUCCAAGGAAAAGGAGGUGGUGAUAAAGAAGAAGAAUGGCGAGAAACAAAUUGUGGUGGUUCGUGUCUGGAACGAGACAGUGGCUAACUUGACGCUGAUGGCAUUGGGUUCCAGUGCCCCCGAAAUUCUACUGUCUGUGAUUGAAAUGUUUGCCAAGAACUUUGAAGCGGGCGAUUUGGGCCCUGGUACCAUUGUGGGUUCGGCGGCCUAUAACUUAUUUGUGAUCAUAGCGCUGUGUGUGUUUGUAGUGCCCGAUGGCGAGGUACGCAAGAUCAAACAUUUACGGGUGUUCUUUGUCACUGCUUCGUGGUCGGUGUUUGCCUAUAUAUGGCUGUAUCUGAUUUUGGCCCAAAUCUCUCCCGGCCGUGUCGAGGUCUGGGAGGGUCUGCUGACGUUUAUGUUCUUCCCUGCCACUGUGCUGACCGCCUACAUAGCCGACCGUCGUCUCUUGAUCUACAAAUACCUAGAUAAAAAUUAUCGCAUGAAUAAGCGUGGCGUUAUUGUGAGCGCUGAGGGCGACGCAGCGCUCGAAAUGAAUCAACAGGACGAAAUCAAACAGCUGGAGGAGACUGAAGAGAUGAAGGACUUUGAGGAAGCCCGGCGUGAAUACAUUUCAUUGUUAAAGGACUUGCGCAAGAAAUAUCCACAAAGUGAUCUGGAGCAAUUAGAAAUGAUGGCUCAGGAGCAAAUGAUUAACCGUGGUCCCAAGUCCAGAGCCUUCUAUCGCAUCCAAGCUACACGUAAAAUGAUGGGUAGUGGCAACAUAAUGCGCAAGAUUCAAGAGCGUGCUCAAAGUGAUCUCAGCGAGGUCAAGGCUCAACUGCAGCGGGUGGACGUCAAUGUCGACGAAGAGGAGGCCGCCCUUAGGGUGUUCUUCGAGCCCGGCCAUUACACGGUAAUGGAAAGCUGCGGUGAAUUCGAAUUACGUGUAGUACGACGUGGCGAUCUAUCUGGCUAUACCACGGUCGAAUUUCAAACCGAAGAUGGUAGUGCCGAAGCCGGCAGUGAUUAUGUGGGUAAAAAAGGUGUUCUCACCUUCCCACCCGGUGUCGAUGAACAACGUUUCAAGAUCGAAGUCAUCGACGACGAUGUGUUCGAGCAGGAUGAACAUUUCUAUGUUCGUCUUAGCAAUCCUUCGGAGCCGGCUAUAUUGUCCGUUCCCAAAGUGGCCACAGUUAUGAUUUUGGAUGAUGAUCAUGCUGGUAUUUUCGCUAUUUGCCAAAAAGAUCACGAAUUGGUUGAAUCGGCUGGUUCGUAUGAACUGAAAGUGCAACGUUAUUCGGGUGCGCGUGGCAAAGUUAUCAUCCCCUAUUGGACGGAGGAUGGUACGGCCAAGGGUGGCAAAGACUAUGAACCGCAACAAGGAGAAUUGGUGUUUGAAAAUAAUGAAACUGAAAAAAUUAUACAACUGGGUAUAAUUGAGGAAGGCAGUUAUGAAAAAGAUGUACUCUUCUAUGUCAACAUUGGUGAACCCAUUAUGGCUCCAGUAUCUACCAUGAAUUUCACAAAAGAAAGCAACUGCAGAAACUUCAUCAUAUAUACAAAACAAACAUAUGAAUUCCUUUCCUUCCUAAACUUUCUGACUCUCAUGAACACCAACAACGGACUUAUCCAGGAGGCUGAAAAUAAAGCACCCGAGGAAUUAACGGAAGAAGACAAAAUGGCUCUACUGGGACGUCCCAAAAAUGGUGAUAUUGUACGCGCACAAUUGCGUAUUAAAGAAAGUAAAGAAUUUAAGGUGAGUGUUUUUAACAUUAUUUUGUUUUUAAAGUGAACAUAUUUUUUUAAU